GGGACUCCAAAAAAUCCAAUAAGCAGUCGCUUCUCUCAGUCACUUCACCUGCCUCCUCGUUCUACCCGCCAAAAAUUGUCUCAUUCGUUCUACUUGGAUCUUAGUUGGGAUCCCACCAAACAUCAAUGGCUGCUGUUGCUGUUUCUUCUUCACAAACUGAGACAAAGAGUAAGAACAAGGCCAAGCCUACGACAAAGAAAUCUCUUGGUGUCCGUUUCAUCAGAGGCCGACUCUACGAUUCUCAGAAUGGCAAAAGUUGUCACCAGUGCCGGCAAAAGACUUUGGAUUUUGUUGCAUCAUGCAAAAAUAAAAGUGAGAACAAGCAAUGUACCUUCCAUUUCUGUCACAAAUGCCUCUUAAACAGAUACGGAGAAAAGGCAGAAGAAAUGGCUGUGUUGGAUGAUUGGAUGUGUCCGAAAUGUAGGGGCAUAUGCAAUUGCAGUUUCUGCAUGAAGAAGAGAGGCUACCAUCCUACUGGGAGUCUUGUGCAUACUGCAAAGGCCAAAGGGUUUUCUUCGGUUUUAGAAAUGCUGCGUGUUGAGGGCUCUGAAACUUUGGAUUUAGAAAAGAGUUUGAGUCAGGUCAGCAAAGCAAGUGCCUCAUCGAAAAAACGAAAAGCUACCAAUGAGCAUUAUCGACAGGAGUCAGUUAUGGAUUUGACAAGAGAUUGCCGAAAGAGUAAUGGUACUACUGGACAAAGUGAUUCCAAUUUCCAAGCUAAACCUCCAAAAAUGAAUGGCAUUGGAAUAGGAACUAAUGGUAGCAAGCAGAGGAAUUUGAGUAAAGACAAUGGUACUAAAAAUUCAUGCAAUGGCAAUGAGGAUGGUGAUUCACUUACUGAGAAGAGUAGUUCUAAGAGACAUCAGAGUACCGAAGAGGCAUCUGUGCAAAGAGAAAAAACAUGCAAAAGGAAUCAUGAUGGCCAGUUGAGUGAGAUGAAUGGUGACAGUAAGAUUCCAAAGAAAAUGUCCCGACAGUGUGCCAAAAAAGAAGAAAAUAAAAAUGAAGGGCCAAACAACAAGAAAAUUGAUAAUGAUGCAGCCAAGCACAAGCCAGUUAAAGAAUUGCACAAGUGUAAGAGGAAUAUUGUGGAAGCCAACAGAAUUGAAAUCCCGCUGCCUCAGGGCAUUGAAUUAAACAGUGUUGCUGCCAUUGACAUACAUGCCGAUGAUGUUGGACAUGCCUUGCAAUUCCUAGAAUUUUGUGAAGCUUUUAGACAGGUUCUCGAUCUAAAGAAAGGACAGCCUGAACAAUUACUCCGGGAAAUAGCAUGCGGACGACGUCAACGCCGAGCACAGGAUUCUCCAAUUGUUCGCUUUCAUAUACAGUUGCUCUCUAUGAUACAAAAGGACCCAGUAAAAGGAUAUCCAUCCUUAAAUCAAACUAUAGCAGGAGAGUCUUGGUUGCAAUCUCUUACCAAAUACAUCUCUGAAACCCAGUACUUGUCAGAAGAAAUGCAGAUGAAUUCUUUUGAUGUGAACGGUGAUGGAUAUUAUAUAUUAGACUCCUCUAAGAAGCUCAGAAUUUUGAAUUUUCUCUGUGACGAAGUUCUUGGCACUGAGGAUUUUAGGAGUUGGAUUGAUGUACAAAACUCAGAAAGAGAGAAGAAAGCAAAGGAAAAUGUUCUUGCUGAAAAAGAAAAAAGAGAAAAGGUGAAAAAUAUUAAGAAAAAGCUUCAGGAUGAGAUGGCUGGAGCUAUUCUCUUGAAAAUGGGUACUCCCCUUUCCAUUGCUGAGCAUGAGGAUCUUGUUUCAAAAAUAAAUUUGGAAGCGGCCCAAAUUCUGGAAGAGACGCUAGAAGCAAGAGAUGUGGUGUUUGACAAGGAGCAGCAAUCAGAUGCUGUUAGAUCUGAGCCUAUAUUCUUGGAUGAACAUGGUCGCAAAUUUUGGAUAUUGAGAUGUUAUUCUGAAAAAAGGGAUAUUCUGCUUCAAGAUGUUCGAAGGUGUGAUCUGAUUUCUGUCCCAGAACGAUGGUAUAGCUAUGAUGUUGAACAGAAGGCAAUUGUUAUGGAAUAUAUUUCAUCUUUAAGGUGAA